AUGGUGGAAACCGGAGAGCAUAAGCGCUUGCGCAACAGGGUGGCCGCUCCCGGCCGCGUGCGGCGCGAUCAUCAGCGCAAGCGCCAAGGCUCGGGCAGUUGGCCGUACGCUAUUGCGCAUGCGUAUCAACUACAGGGGCGGGUGCUGGGUGUGAGGCUUUCGAUUAAUACCGCAGCAAAAGAGGAAGGUAAUGCUAUGCCUCUUUGUCGAGCAAAACCGUCCCCCAGUUAUAUUAAUCUUCAAGCAAGUUCCCCACCAGCCACUUUCUUGAACAUCCAGACGACAAAGCUGCCCUCAGAAGUUCAUCACAAGCCCAAGGAAUGUCUAGGACUUCUGGAAUGUAUGUACGCCAACCUCCAACUUCAGACCCAGCUUGCCCAGCAACAGAUGGCUAUUUUGGAAAACUUACAAGCAUCGAUGUCACAACUGGUUCCUGGGAGGGAAAGCAAGAACUCUUCUCUCCCAGUUUUAUCUCGUAAUCUGUUGUUAAAUCACCUGCCCCAAUUCCGUAAAUGA